AUGCGUUGCGAGUAUAUUUUGGCCAUUCUUCACACUUCACUCUAUAUCGUCAAAAGAAUAACAGAUAAAGAGCUUACCUUAGCUCCUCAGCUCGAAAUCGUUGAAGAAGAAAGUACUGGCUGGGUUGACUAUGCAAUCAAAGCCCUAGAGGAACUUCUAUGCAUAUCGGAAGGAAAGCUACAUCAAGUGGUCAUGGGUUUCUUUCAGAAUUUGAUUCAAUGUGAAAGCGCUCUACAAGUUAAUAAAAAGAAUAGGAAACGUAAAUCAGGUGAGGCGUUUGGGGAAGAUUUCGACUAUAUCUAUGGGAUCGUUACAACAGCCUCAGAAUGGUAUUUUAUUCUUUUUGCCUUGGAUGGGAUAUCGAGCACAAGCAAGGAUCCCCUCAAUAUCCGAUUUACCGAAUCAGCCUUGAAGGAAGGGUCAGAGGAAGAAAAAGACUUAUGUAAAAAUGUGAAACAAGUUAUAGAGGUCGUCGUUGGGCUAUUGAAAGAUAGGUUAGAGUGUAUGGGCGAAGAACUGGAUAGGAAGAAGGUUAGGAUAGAGGAAUAUCAUUCGAAAAAAUAA